AUGCAAGAUCAACUAUUUGACUUACACGAUACUACUUUAUGUUGUAUGGUUUUGAAAAGACCCGUUCUUGUUGUAUCCAAGCAUAUUGACGCCUCCUUAAGUAGGCUACGAAAUGUUUUGCAUACUUUGGAUCAAACAAUUGAUAAUGGGGGGACAGAUGAAAAGCGCAAAAGUGGGAUUGAAGUAAUCAAGCUCUUUGAUAUUGAAAACCAGAAAAGUUUUGCUAAUUCUAUCAGGAAAAAUAAGUACCCCUUAAUCGUAGUUAUGAGAGAAGAAGAUAAAUUAGAACACAAGCUACAAAUACAGUUUCUACUUCGGUAUUAUCAUGAUAUUGAACGAGGAUCAAGAAUGAGUUGGCCUGACAAGGAUUUACAUGUGAUAAAGGAAAAAGUAAAUCAUAUAUCGAUACAUACAGAGGUACAAACUUACGUUUAUGAUUUGAUAGUUCAGUUGAGGUAUUCAAGAUUUAUUAAAGGGGGUAUACCUACCCCCUUUUUGUUCGAGCUGAUCGAACUAGUAAAGUUUUGGGCUUACGUUCAAGACAAAACAUUUGUUACUCCAUUGAUGGUCAAAGAAUGUUUCAGGAAGGCUCUACCGCAUCGACUGACGUUACUCGAGGCCGAAGAGGAACCAACCCUGCUAUACGGAUCCAAUCCGGUCUUGGUCAAUCAGCUGGUCCACGCCAUAGAUGUUUUUGAUGUUCUGGAUAUUGAACUGUCUAAAGUUCGACCACCGAUAUAA